UAAUAUUGAGCGUUACAAGCGACAAAACAAAAAUCCAACAUGGGGGCAGUGUUUUCGAAUCCCGAAAGGGAGAAGGGCAUGCUCAGCGAGAAUUUAGGGGGAGGGCCCAUGGGACUUGGUGACCCUGAUGAUCUGACCCUGCGCAAAGCUGAGAAAGAAAUUGUCAUCCCCCAGAAGAUGAAAGCCAAGGCCAAGAAGGGGAAAUGUGCUGAACAGGUCAAAGAGUUUGGAAUCUGUGCCAAGGAAGCUGGUCUGCUGCUGCCAUUCAAAUGCAGAAAACAAGCCAAACAAAUGCACAUCUGUCUGUCGGCAGCAUAUGCAGAUCAGGCAUUCAUUGAUGAAUGUACACAGGAGUAUCUGAAGGAGAGGUCGGAGUACCGCAGGACUGGAGUCAAACAGAAAAUGAAGAAGUCAGAGGGUGUCAUGAUUUAAUCCAGUCACUUUGAGAGAAGAUGGAUAACUGUGGAGAAUGAAAUCCACUAUGGUGUGAUGAUUGUGUUUGGAAGUUCAGUAAACUUGUUGAAAGUUGAAAUUAGGAUUUAGUAAGGACGCAUUUAUCAUGGUGGUUUUGAAUCUAAAGGGAGAUAAUGCUUUUUGAAUGGUGAUUCAGUGGUGAUUUUAGGACUGUGUGUGAAUACAGCUGUCUUAACAUUGAUAACCCAUUUAUCAUGUUAAUACUCUUGUUCAGUGAUGAAGGACUGUCGUUACAUUAGAACAUUAUGGAUCCAGUGGUGGAUGGAUCUAAUGAUAUAAACACAAGCAUGAAAUAUAAACAUGUGAUAAACGGCAACUCUUGACUUGUAACAGAAUCAGUGGAGAUAUACCAAAUUACCAUGUAUACAAGUUGUGGAGAAUGAAUGUGUGUGUGUAAGAAGCUGAAACUCUUGUUACUGAUGUAUACAUAAUUCAAAGAUACUAGUUUUGUUGAUAGUGAGCUUAGUGAUAGAGCAAGCUACGAUGCUGUGCACUGAGUUACUUGUAUGUAGAAAAGAGAUAUGUUGAAGGUAUAGCGCAAUGGUGUUGAUGUGGGUGGUUCCUUGUGCUUUCUACAACUUGAAGCUAUUGUCACUCCUUUUGCAGUGAUUAUCGUUCAAGAGAUUGGAAGGGUUUGUUUUGUAAAAGCAUUUAGAAGUGAUUCAUUGUGACUGUUUUGCAAAUGUACCUUCACAAGGAAAUGUAUAUUUGAAAUAAAAUAUCAAAAACCUA